AUGACCGUGAGGACCGUUAAACUGCACCGGAAGGUGGUGUCGUGGAUGCAGAACGCUUCCAAAAAGGACGAUGCUGACAAGAUCCGAAGGCGAUGGUCAACACACCCCCUGCAGACGGUACUGGAGAGGUGGAAUUUUUCAGAGACGACAUGGGGAAACGUAUUUCUCGCUUGCGUGGCGGACGUGCUGCAUGUGCUGGACGAAGGGUUCCUUGGACACAUGGUGGACGAGUUCAUCUAUCCCCUCAGCAAGCCGGAAAGGAGGGAGCUGGAGAGGUGGGUGUCCCAGGAGCAGAAGAAGGACACUCGCUCCACGGUUGUCCGUAUCCCGGGUGGAACUUCGUGGUUCAAGUCACGGGCAAACUACGCGGCGUUCGAGAACAGGGGCAUGAUGCAGGUGAUGCCGAUACUCAUCGCGGACAACAUGGAAGGGUGCGAGCCUGAGGAGAAGGAGCAGCGUUUCAAGGAGGUGAGGGCGUUCCGGAGAUGGGUGGGAGAGGCUGUGGUGGGUGAAGAGGGUGAUGUGGAUUCAAUGGUGCCUACGUUCUUAAUCAUGGGUGUGGUUGUGGCACAAUACGGCAUGGACGCCUUUCGAUCGCAAGCGUCAUCGUGGAACUUACCAAAGGUGCAUCAGAUAAUUCAUCUCAUUGACGGCAUCAUGCUCAGGGGGAUGCCGUUUGAGUACUCAACUAACCUGCGGGAGCACACUCACAAUGGCACCGUGAAGGUGCCCGUGCGCGGGAGUAACUGGAAGGACAUUCCCCGACGAAUCGUGGAGGAGGAGGUGCAGAGAGAGAUCACACGGGAGGUGGCGGCCUUGGCGGGCGGAGGAAGGCAGUACGUCAGUGCGCUGCGUGAGGUGAGAUGGCUUAGACGGCUGACUCGUAGGAAUGUGGGACGCGGAGAGGAUGACAGACUAUGA